CUCUCUCCACAAGCUCUCUCUCUCUCUCUCUCUCUCUCUCUCUUUCUCUCUCGCUUUCGGGAACGAUGAACUCGUCGGCGGCCGGCGGCGACGGGAAGCACGACGACGAGUCCGCCCUAGCGGAGUUUCUCUCAUCCCUCAUGGACUACACGCCCACGAUCCCGGACGAGCUGGUGGAGCAUUACCUGGCGCGCAGUGGGUUUCAAUGCCCCGAUCUCCGAUUAACAAGGCUGGUAGCUGUAGCUUCUCAGAAGUUCAUCACAGAUGUUGCAAGUGAUGCUCUUCAACACUGCAAAGCAAGGCUUUCUGCACCAGUCAAAGACAAAAGCAAGCAGCCGAAGGAGAAGCGUUUGAUCUUGACAAUGGAUGAUCUUUCUAAAGCUCUUCGUGAGCAUGGUGUGAAUGUGAAGCAUCAAGAGUACUUUGCUGACAACCCCUCAACUGGAAUGGAUCCUUCUACAAGAGAAGAGAAUUAGUUUCAAUGGGAUUUCCAUUGAUUGGGAUCCAUUGAGAUUGCCAAUUUGGUUUCCCUUUUUCUGAUGCUAGAACCGCAGGGUAUCUUUGACCUAUAGGCAGCAUGUUACCUCCUAUUAGCAGUCAUAGAUAGCCACUUUGGGGCUGCAGAUCUGUUGCUUUACCCCUCUAGAACUUAUAGAUGUGCAUCAAGAACUUAAUUUUAAGCCACUACCUUUUAAGAUCAAAUGUGACAUAAUAUCCUAUCUCUCUCUUUUUGAAUUCUGUAUUGCUGAUAUUUUACUAUCAGGGAAUGACCACAAGGACAAGGGCUGGGGAAAUUUGCUGAUAAACUUUUGCCUGAUCGAAGCAGCUUUAUUGCGGUA